AUGAUAUCUCUCGCGAAGCAGGGCGGCGACACCCACCAACAGGCCGUCCCCCGGCCCCGUACCGACCGCGUUGUUCCCAAGCCCGUCCCGGAGGCCCAGGCCAGGGACCCCCGUGGCUACCAGCUCGGCCAACUGCGCAAGCGGUACUCGCCCCGCGAGUCCACCGCUGCUGACGGCACCACCGUUCUGCUCUUCCGCAUCAAGCCCUCCGACCCGGACUUCCCCUUUGAGCUGGAGCACCUCCAGUGUGAGCUGCGUGUGCCCGAGGACUACCCCGAGGCCGCCCCCGUGCUGCGCGUGCAGAACAGCGACAUCCCGCGCGGUUUCAGCAUCAACAUCGAACGCGGGUGGGAGAAGCUCGUCCGCGAGCGCCAGGGCGCCACCCUGCUCGCCCUCACCCAUGCUCUCGACAAGAACCUAGAGAGCUUCUUGUCUGAGCAGGAAGCCGCCACCGUGAAGCUGGUAUCCUUCAAGGAGACGAAAGACACCCGCCACCUCGCAGCCGCCGCCGCCGCCGCCGCCGCCGCCCCUGCCUCGUCCGCAGCGUCGGUCGCCCUGAUCGCCAAGCCACCAUCCCCGGCCCCCCCCAGGCACUACACGCCCGAGGAGUACUUCACGGAAGAAGAGAUGGCGGCCGCCAAAGCCCGGCGCGCGCAGGAGACACGCCAGCUCGAGACCCGCAUGGGCCGCCUGUCUCUGUAUCGCCGCUCCCCGGACGGCAUCGUCUACACCCUCCCUCUCGAGCCCCGCCGCCGCGGCGAGCUGCCCGCAGGCCUCCAAGGCGUCAAGACGGUGCACCUCAUCGUGCCCCUACUCUACCCGCUGCAACCGCUGCGCAUCCAGCUCAACGAGUGCGACUCGCAAGACGCCGAGCCCCUCGAGGAGCUCUACGUGCGGAAGGCAGCCGAGCAGAAGCAAAUGACACUCACGAGUCACCUGAACUACCUGGCGCAGAACAUGCACGUUCUCGCGAAGCAGGCCCUGGCGCCGCCAAAGCCCGAUGCCCAGGUGAAGCCGACGCCGGUUCCUGAGACGACGGACCCGAAAGCGACGGCCGAUCCGGACGACGACCGCAGCCACAUCAAGGUCAUCCCCAGACCCCCGGAAUGGGAUCGUUUCGGCGGCGCGGACGACGACGCCGACGACGACGACGAUAGCGACACGUCGGACAGCUACGACUCGGACGACAAUGAAGGCGGCGGCGCCGACCUGGGCGCGGAGCCGCCGGGCCUCGGCUCCGGUCUCACGGCCGAGCGGGGCACGUCCAUCUCCUUCCCGACAAUCGAGCUGCACGGCAUCGAGCUCUUCCAGGUGUCGGUCCUCAACCUCGGCGUCAAGGGCGCACUACAGACUGAGUUCCUCUAA